AUGGAGCCAAGAUCUUAUACUAAACUCUCUGAGCAUCAACUAGAUGAAGAUCACAUGACUCUUGCUAAUCAAAUCAGUAAAAAGCAAAACAAAUAUCUAUUUGAUUUGUACACUCCAUAAAAGAUAGCAAGCAAACUUGAGAAAGUCUUUUUGCUAGAAUUGGAAAACGCUUUUCAAUAAUUUCCGAAUUAAAGAAUGGGCCUUGUUGACUUUAUAACUUGCUUUCUUAGUAUAGUCAAACAUAAGAAGGAGUAACAGAUAUUUUUGGUUAGCGGCCUUAUAGACCUGUUUAUAGAAAUCACAGAAUACAAUAACACAAAAGAACUCUUCUGGGACCAUUUUACCAAUUUCUUAAUUGAAAAUGUGAUAGAAGCUGAUAUAAAUAAUAAUCUAGUCAAAUCUAAAUAUAUCUCAAUUAGCAUGUAAAAGGAUUUGCUCCCGAGGUUCUUGGAGGAAGUGAUCUCUGCUUAAGAAGAAUUGCUCCUUCGAAGAAAUAAAAUGAUAGCAAUCAUCAUAACUAAGGCAUUAGAGAUUAAUUACUCCCCAGAAUUAAGAAGAGUGAUAGUUCUGGACAACAUCACUGAGAAUCUCAUUCUCUAUGAUGAGCAUUCAUAGGUGCAGAAGAAGCUAUACACAAAUAAAGAAAAUCACAUUCUGGAUACUGCUAUUCUUUAUUUUGGAUACUCAAGAUCAGAGAAAAGAAUUGGUGCUUGUCUAUAAGACUAUACAUUAGCUUUUUGGGACAUCUCUGAUAACUUCAAAUUUGAAAAGACCUUUUCUACUAAUCUUGACGUGCUAAAUGUCUUUAUAAAAUAUAUUGAGUUUAGCGGUACUUGGAUUACAUAUGAUUAAAAGAAUGUGAUAUUUGUAUGGGAUAUUGAGAGAGAAUCUUCCAUAAAACUGCCACACAGAAAUUAGGAAAAAAUUAUGGAUAUAUGUGAAAUCCCUCACUUAAAACUAUUAGCAGCAUGCUCACUUGAUAAAAAGCUUGUCUUUUAUGAUAUAAUUGCAGAAUCUUGCGUUCAAUAGAUUCAAUUUGAAACUGUUAGUGCUCACUCUUUGGUAUAUGCUCAUGAUUUCAUGGUACUGUUGAGCGCAGCUUACGAAGAUUUCGCACUCAUUUGGAUUUUUGAUGGAAUAGAUUGUUCUAUUGGAGGAAAGUUGAAGGGUCACAAUGCUCAAAUAACUGCCAUUAAUGUACUUAUUGAUACCCCUCUAGCGAUUACAGCAGAUGAGAUAGGCUUUAUUAAGACUUGGGAUUUGAGAUAUUUUAACUGUGUGUAGACAAUACAUUUCGAGAGCAGAUAGCCUAUUCAUCAAUUCUUGAAUAUUAAUUCUAAGCUUUUUUGUGGAGCCGAAAUUAGACUUCAUUGGUUUGAGUUUGAAGAUGAAAUAAAAGUGAAUGCUAAUGGCAUCGAGAUAAAAAAUAAUCCACCAUUGUGUAUCAAGUAUAAUCAAAUGUUUGAAUAACUUGUAGUCGCUACAAAAUCUGAUGUUAGACUAAUUGAUGUACAUUCAGGAAAAACGUUGUCAAUACUUGCUAAUGUCAUUUAGCCAGAGGAAGAAAUCACUGGAAUAAAGCUAUAUCUCAAUCACAAGAAAAUGCUUCUUUGUGAUAACAAAGGCAAUCUCAAGAAUCUUUACCUUCCAAAUGGCUCUCUUUAUGCUAAUCACAUUGGACAUCAUUAAGAAAUAACGUAAAUAUAUGUAGAUUAUGCUAAUAAGUUUGUACUAACUGCAGCUUGGGAUUCUUCUAUUUGGGAUUAUGAGACUUUUAAAAUGAUUGGAGCUUGCUCCAAUGACUUUGAGGAUAUCCACAAAAUCUAAUUUCUCUACCCAUAUAAUUGUUUGAUAUCUCUAGAUACUUCCUCUCAAGUAAUAUUUUGGACUUGGGCUAAUACAAAUGCUUUUAAAUUUUUGACUCCAGCCGUCAAAAUAAAUUUAAUUUCGCCGAGAGGGAGGGCUUUGAACUGCAAUUAAAUGUUUGCACUAAGAUUAAAGCUAUUUGAUAUGGAAUUCUCAACAAAAGAGGAAUUAUCAUAGCCAUUGCCUGCAAAAUUAUUAAAAGGAAUGGAAAAUAAUUAAAAGUAAUACUGCCUUUAUUUAGCUGAUGAAAGAGGUUAAGUUUAUGCUGUUGACAUUAACCAUAUUUUGGAAGAUGAAAAAUUAAUAUUUCCAGCUAAAAAUGCAAUGAAGAGAACUAAUUACUAUCCAUUAAGAACUCAUUAUUCAAGUUCAAAUGGAAUUUUCUAUACAAUUGAAGAACUAAAGCAGCAAGUUGAAGAAAAUAUAGAUUUUCAGAAAAGUCUUUUGAUUGAUUUUCCUUCACUAGAUAUGAUUAAAUGGCAUGUUUCAUAAGAUAUGUGGUCUAUAUUUGGAGAGCUUUUAUGUGUGUCUAACAUCGAGCAUCCUCUUCCAUACAGAUGGAGAAUUAUCCUCGACAACGAUUCUAAGAGGAAGAUUAAACUGCUUAAUUCUUUAAGAAUUCUAUAAGAAAUUGGCAAAAGAUAUCCAAAUUUUUAGGUUUAGGAGUUUACUAAAAAUAUUGAGGAUAAUAAUCCUAAAAGAGAACCCUAAGUAGUUACUUUUGCAAAACUUCUUCACUAAAUAGAAGUCGAAGAUAAAGAACAAAAUAAAAAGAAUACCAUAUCACUAAAAUAGAUGGAAUUAAGAAAAAGCAAAAGAAUUUAUGCUUCAGGAACUACUGACGACUUUAUCAAUUCUAAAAAAAACAAGAAUUUAAACAAUCAAAAGCUUUUCGAAAAAGUUUCUAAUCAUGGAGCUAGCUCAUAAGCCAGACAUUAAGACUCGCAACCGUAAUAGGAAAAGCAAAAUUUUGGACCAAAUUUUAGCAUCAUCGAAAAAAUUGAAAUAAUGUUAUAAAAAGAUCCAAAAGAAACCUAGAAUAAAUAAGUUUUGAUAAAGAGAUUCGAUGAAGACUACAAAAAAUUCUAGAAGCACGGUGAACACUUCCUAGAAAGAAUAUAACCUCAUUAUGUACCUACAAUAAAAUACUAAGAAAUACCCAGUGUUUAAUUUGAUACAGUUAGCAAGAAUCUAGGCAACAGUACACUACAAUUGACUGAGAUUUCUCAAUAUAAAAAUCCUAUGCUGAAUACUUCUAAAUCUUCAAAUUCUUAGAACUUUACAUUCAAUCUUAAUAAUACUAGAUCAUCCACAAGUUUAUUUCCAAGAGAGAACAAAGGAGAGAAAGAAAUAGAGUGGCUAAAAUAUGCUAUUGUGAGAGAAGAGACACUUCCGAAUAUAUUGAAAAAUAAUGUGGGAAUGAAAAAUUACAUCAGCAAUGUGCCUUACACUAAAGACGACUCAUUUUAGAUUCCAAAUCUUGUGAAAAGAGGGCAAAGAAAAUAAUCUCAAGGAUAGUUUAAGCAAGCCAUCAAAUUUUAGGCAGUCACAAGCGACAAUAACAAUGAAAAACUAGGAAUCCCUGUUUUCUAGAGGAAGAUGCAGAGCAAAGAAAAGAAAAUGAAAAAGCAAAAAUCAGUUAGGGUUCUUGGGGAUAUAUCAUUGCAUUCUCCAGCCUCUUAAACUUAAAAUAGAAAUCAUCUACAGUCUCAUAUGAUUCUCCCUUCAGUUUCAACCAGAGUUACAAAGCUUACAGUACCAACAUCUCCCGCUGAAAGAAACCAUUUGUGA